UCCCCCCCACCAUACCUUCCCUCUGCUUUUUCUUCUCCGCCUGUCUGCUGCCCCUGCUUUCACAACACAGUACAGUACACACUAGUCAUCCAGUAGUGGCAGCAACCAACACAGAAGUGUGUUCAGUCUCUCCUCGUAGCCUCAGUUUCUGCUUUGUAUAAACUGGCCAUUUAUCAUCAAUCAUGGCCGCCGGAGUACAAAUUUAACUCCCGUCUUGCCUCCCUGUCGUCUGGAGGGGAGGAUUUUUGUUUGAGGAAGCAAAAGAAAUAUUAGUCCCACACUGAUUUGGAUUUCCUUUUGGAAUUACAAUACAUUUCACAAGGGAAAUACCAUUCAUGUCAAUACUCCAAAAUGCAGCCGCCGCCGAGGAAGGUCAAAGUGACACAGGAGCUGAAAAACACACACACAGAUCAGAUGACAAGACUGCACUUUAAACACCAGACCGAAUGUGACCUGCUAGAAGACAUGAGGAGCUACAGUCUGAAGAAGGGACAGCUGGAGAGGGACUAUGCACAGGCUCUGCAGAAGUUAGCCAGUCAGUACUUGAAGAGGGACUGGCCUGGAAUCAACCCUGAUGACCAGAGAACAGACUACAGAAAUGUGUAUGCAGUGUGGAGGUCCUACUUAGAAGGUACAGUGCAGGUGAGCCAGUCCAGGCUCAAUGUGUGUGACAACUACAAGAGUCAGGUUUCAGAGCCUGCUAAGACUGUUAGACUCUACAAGGAACAGCAGCUCAAAAAGACCAUAGAUCAGUUGAGUGGUAUUCAGGCAGAGCUGCAGGAGUCGGUGAAGGAGUUGGCCAAAGCCAAGAAAAAAUACUACGACUGCGAGCAGGUUGCCCACGCCGUACGAGAGAAAGCUGAUAUAGAGGCCAAGUCUAAACUGGGUCUAUUUCAGUCAAGAAUUAGUUUACAGAAAGCAAGUGUAAAGUUGAAAGCUAAGAGAAGUGACUGUAACUCGAAGGCAACACAGGCCAGGAAUGACUACUUGCUAACGCUAGCUGCUGCCAACGCUCACCACGACCGCUACUACCAUACAGAUCUACUGCACUGCAUACAGGCCUUGGAUGGCAGGAUCUACGAGCACGUGAAAGACUACCUGGUAGCGCUGUGCCGUACUGAGCUAGAAGCCUCUCAAGCAACACACAACACCUUCCAGUUCCUAUUGGACAAAUCCACCAGGAUAAUACAAGAGUUCAACCAGCAGUUGUUCAUGCAGGAAAACCCCGUGUUUCAUAAAGCACACGACUUCCAGUUCCAGCCCAGCGAGUGUGACACGACUCUGAGCUCGGUGCAGCAGUUGGUGGACAUAGAGCCGUCGCCCGUCAGUGCCAUGAGAAUGACCCUGGCACAGAGUCGUCAACUUGAGUCGGAGACGGGGACGACGGAGGAGCACAGUUUGAACAAGGAGGCCAGGAAAUGGGCAACCAGAGUGGCCAGAGAACACAAGAAUAUCAUUCAUUACAAGAGAUCUCUGGAGGAGUGUGAGAGCCAUGGCUUGCCCCCCACAGAGCAGGGCAGAGCAGAUCUGGAGAUGAAGAUAGAAGACACCAAAGAAAACAUACGCAAAGCUGAGACGAUAAAGUUGAAAGCCGAGGCUCGGUUGGACCUUCUGCGGCAAGUGGGGGUUGCUGUGGAUACCUGGCUGAAGAGCGCCAUGAACCAGGUGAUGGAGGAGCUAGAGAAUGAACGUUGGGCCAGCUACACUUCCCACGAUCCCUCACUGUCGGGCACAGUGGACUUGGAGCGCGAGGAGGGUGAGGAGUGUGAAGAGAACAUGGAGGUUUUUGACGACAGCAGCUCCAGUCCUUCAGGAACCCUGCGCAACUACCCGCUAACCUGCAAGGUCCUCUACUCAUACAAGGCUUCUCAACCGGAUGAAUUAACUAUUGAUGAACAGGAGAUGUUGGAGGUCAUUGAGGAUGGAGACAUGGAGGACUGGGUCAAGGCUCGCAACAAGACAGGCCAAGUGGGCUAUGUCCCGGAGAAAUACCUGCAGUUUCCCACCUCCAACAGUCUCCUGAGCAUGCUCCAGUCUCUGGCUACACUCGACGCUCGAUCACACACCUCGUCCAAUUCAACCGAGCCGGAACUGCACUCUGGCUGCAUCAAUGGAGACACAAACAUGGUGUAUGUGCGUGCACUUUAUGAUUAUGAAGGCCAGGCGGAUGAGGAACUCUCCUUCUCCGAGGGAGCGGUGAUUCGCCUUCUGAGCCGUGACACUCAGACAGAUGACGGCUUCUGGGAGGGGGAGCUAAAUGGACGGGUGGGCGUCUUCCCCUCCGUGCUGGUAGAAGACCUCACAGAGAAUGGAGAGACCAGCGGAGGAGGGGCGGGUGACAUACAGGUACAGGAACACCACCAGAUCUCUCCAUCUUUGAAGCUGCCAUCUUCUCUCCCGCCUCUUCCGCUGUAUGACCAACCUCCCAUCAGCCCUUUCACCAGCCCUGAAACUUCCACCCCGCCUCCUCUCCCACGCUCACCCUCCGCCGCACUAAACGGGGAGCACAAGCAUCCAUUGCCCACCUCGUCACACAAGGGACCGAAAGCCACCCACAAUCAAAGUUCUGGCAGGAGUCCAGUGUCUCCAGGAUUUCCUCAAACUCAGCCACUCCGAUUCACUCCUGAAGGAGGCCCGGGCAAACUACGACCUGUGCGCGCUGCUCCUCCUCCACCCAAACAGCACCCCCGCCGACAGCAGGAGAAGAGCGACAAGACGGAGGAGGUGGAGAUCACACUGGUGUGACAGCCAGACGAGCUGGCAGGCGGUUAUAGACACACAAAAAAUAAACAGAUGACAGACAGACGUAUCCUACAGGCUGGGGAACUAACCUGCUCUGAACUGAACUGAGCUUAAAUAAAGUGAUGUGAAGCAAACUGAACUGAACCACGUCAACCCCCACCCCACCCCCACCCCCCAACCUGCCCCCAGCCACUCCGCAUCGUCUGUUAUCCUCAAGUUGAGAAGGAGGGCAGAGAAAGGGGGGAAAAAGGCAGAAUAUCCAAUUAAAUAAUCUCCGUAUUAGCUUCCUAACGAAGUGCAGCAGUAGCCGCCCCCAUGUUCUUCUCCGCCCUCCCCCAUCCUUCCAUUCUUGCCUUAAAACCCCCUCACCUCAUCGGGCAGCAGACCAGAGCACACUGAAGAGGAGGAAGAGGAGGAGGAAGAAUGCUUGCGGAGGGGAGGAGUGUGAGGGAAAAAUAGUGAUGAGUUUGGCCAGUUUUCAUUUAUCUUGUUAACUUUACUUCCAAGAUAUUUUAAGGCGGAUUAUCUCACUGCACAGGCAGAGCAUUCUGUUACGUUUGAGAAAUGUCCGUGUUUUCACUCACUUGCUAACAAACAAUCAUGAAACAUGAAAAAAGUUAUCAAGCCGCAAAACUGACAAAAUAUAGUGAAAGCUGUAAAAAUAAAUAUUA